UCCCAACCAACAUCAAUCAAUUCAUUUGCAGGCCAGCAUGACGAACAAGCGCGUGCGGGGCAUCGCAAUCCAUCGCCCCCUCCUCAUUGGGUCGACUGCUACUCCCUUGACCCCUGCAGAGAAGAUGUCCGCCGACCCUCUUCACACACACAAAUGGACAGUAGCUGUCCGCUCAGCAGCCUCAAAUCCCCUUCCCACUCACCUCUUCGACGACGCUGGUGCGCCUUUGCCUCCUACAACUACUGCCACUCCGUCAACAGGCGCAGCAGCCGGAACGCGUGGCCGGGACACCGAGACGGACUACCACAAGCAUAUUGGAGGGAAAGAUGACAUUUCUCACUUCGUCCGUCGAGUCCAAUUCAAGCUGCACGACUCAUUCCCGCAGCCAGUGAGGACGUGCGACCGUCCGCCGUAUCAGGUGACGGAGACCGGUUGGGGAGAGUUUGAGGUGCAGAUCAAGAUUUGGUGGGUCGCCGAGAGUGGAGAGAAGCCUUUGCAGACUUUUCAUUACCUCAAGUUGCAUCCGUGGAAUCCACUGCCUACCCCUGCCAGUGCGGUCAGCGAGACGGGAACGACGGCAAGUGCUGCGGCCACGACGGCGGGAACGACUGAGGCUGCGGCUACGGCGCCUCCAGCAGAGGGCGCAGGUGCUGGAGUUGCAGCCGCCGGGGCGCCUCAGAAGGAAGGACAUGGCGAGGCAAUCGCAGGGCGAGCGAGUGUAGAAGACGUGACUACUCAGCCAAAGGCAGCUGUAGGAUCAUUAAGCAGUGAGGCAGAGAAGCCAGCCGAAAGCAGCUCAGAGCCCAAGCCUGUGGAGAGAGAGCAAGACGCGGCGGCGGCAGUACCCUCUUCAUCAGUCGAGCAGGCUCCAGCACCUACGGCAGGCGGCACAAGCAUGGGCGAGGCCAGCUCAUCCUCGACACUCGACGCUGCUCCAGCCCCAAAGCCAUCCAUCGCCCUUCCUCCCGUUGUUCACUCCUGGCAAUACGAUGAGGUCGUCUUCCCCGAGCCGACAGAGGCCAUGCAGGAGACUUUCCGCAUCCAUCCGCCGACUCCACUACCCACAACGGCCUCUCAAGCGUUCACGGACCCCAAGACAUCGCGACUACAGCAUGGCUUUCAAGCGGCCUCCUCCUCUCAGCCUCAACCACCGUACCCACUCCACGCGCCCAGCUCACAGCCCUACUUGUACGGCAUUUCACAGGCCUCAAUGCAGGCCGAGGCUGAUCGAUUGGACAUUGCCAGGAUAGAGGCUGUGAGGGAGCUGGAGAAGGAGCGCAAUAGAUUGAUCGAGGCGGAGAGGGAGUUGAGGAGGGUCAGGCAGAAGACGGAGUCAUUGAUGAACGCGGGUGGAGGUGGGGGUGCCAGCGCUGCUAGAUGAUUGUGCAAAGAGUAGCGAGAAAUCAAUGAUACCAUUCGGC